AAAGACAACAUGUACCCCAAAAGAGGCAGCAGACCAAAUGAUUGAAAACCUGAAGAAGGAGCUGAUGGCAAAGCAAACUUCUUUCCAGUCAGCUAUCGAAAAUGAGUUUUCAUCAGAUGAGGACAUACUUGAGAGAAACUGGAGUAAGGUACAACAGCAAAUGAAGGAACUUAAAAGAGAGAACAGGAGGCUAAAAGAAGACAACAUUAAAGAGAUACUUGAUGCCAUGAGAGAGCUUCCCACAGUAGUGACGAAGUUGAAAGAAGUGAUUGGACAAAUAACACUUCAGACCUCACCUACUGCAUCCACUUCUGCAACACCUUCAACAUCAGUAGACUCUGCAUCUGUUUCUCCUCAAGUGUUGUCUGAUGAUAUGGUGUUUCUCAUGCCAGGCUGUGAUGUCAAGGUCCCCAAGCGAAAGCUUAACUCUCUGCGGACGGCAAAUCCGUCAGUAUACAUCGGGGACCUUGCCGUGCUUGUCUAUGGAAGGGAAACCCUGUCUCAUUCAAGCUUGACAGGAAGACAGUCAGGGGCACACAAAGAUGUGGAAUCAAAGCCACGGCUUGAUAGCACAAAACUUGAUGCUAUAUUUGACCAUGCUCUGUCAAAGUUCCCUGACAUCACCAUGCAAGAUGUGAGACGCAUCAUAAGAAAAAAAUGCAACAACGAAAACUACAUCAAGCGAGCUACUACAAAGAAGCCCAUUUGAAUCAAAAAUUUUUGUUGUCAUAUAUUGAACAAUUAUUGUUUGGAUUUGUAGUUUCUUUAGGAACUGAUAUCUUGUAUGACACUACCGUAAACAUUGUGUUUACUGUUUUGUUUUGAACUGUAUAAUGUGAGUGUCAUUGUUAU